AUGGCCACAUCCCCACCCACGGUCCUCGCCCUCAAACAAUCCUUCCUCACCACCCAAACACGCGUCCUCUCGCAACCUCUCGCUCCAACCCGCGACUGGCUCUCCAAUAACAAAAACAACAACACCGACGACAACACCGACGACAACAACAAUGACUCGGAAAAAACAGCACCACCCCUCCCCGAGAAAGCCAUCGACGACGCCCUCUUCAAACUAAACCACCGCCUCCAGCAACACGUGAAGCGGGCGUACGCGCCCCAGGCGACGCGGCAUGUGGCCGAGCAGAUCGACCGGCUGUACUGGGACGCGGCCGAGCGGGCUGUCGGGGGGGGUUCCGGGGGUGAGGGGUGGGGGGAAGAUGAGGUGGAGGGGGGGUGGUUGAAUGUUGGUGCUGAUUUGGCCAACCCCCAAAUCGCCCUCACUCUCCCUCUCGAAUGGGAAGACCACACCACCACCACCACCACUACCACAGACCCCUCCCCAGAAACAAAACACUACGCCGCCCUCGCCACAGACCUCCACGCCCUCGCAGACCGCAAAACCCAAGCCACCGCCCGCGUCGCCCGAUUACGCAGCUUGCGCACCCUGCUUGAGCCGUUUUCUUCUUCUGCUUCUUCUAACCCUAACCCUGACUCUAACCCUGAUGUGACGACCAGUGAAGGUGGACAGGACGAAGGAAAUGGCCUCGGCAGCGUACAGGAGAACCUAGUCACGCGGAAUGGAGAGGUGGAGGCGGAGUUGCAGCGGAUGAGGAUGUUAUUGGCGAGGGUGGGGGGACGGGUUGGGUUGUUGCAGGAGCAGAAUGCUGAUCAAAGUCGAGAUGAAAGGGGGGAGAAGGUAGGGGAUGUUGAGGGGGAGGAGAGGAGGAAGGUGAGGGCUUUGUUGGAUGGGUUGUGA